UUUGUGUUUGAGUUGGAAAUUCUCCAUAGGAAUUAACCAGAUAAUAUAGGGGUUAUUUGCUCAAGCUGUAUUUAUAAUGACAUAUGCACAUGUAGCACAAAUAUUUUUACUUCAAAUGAAGUCUAACAACCUUGACUUACAAUUUCUAUUUUGAAAUUGAGUUUCCAAAAUUCCUGCACUUUCCCCUGAAAAUGUACGUACUGUCUGUACUCAUUCUGUGCUGCGUCACUCUUGCUCUAUAUUUCUGCCUUUAUUGAGAGGUCAGGACACCCUGCAAAGAACUGGUCUUAGUUGGUCUUGAUAGUCCUGGGGUCAUGAAUCAUCCCAUAGAGAAGCAGAGGGCAUUUCCUUCCACAGAAUGCUGUGACCCUUGCGUAUCCUUGUAUUCUCAGGGAGGGCCCCUUCCUUACCACCGGGCAUUGUUAUGUGGUCAGAGAUUCUUGCUAGGUCAUUAUCUCCUGAAAAUAGUCUGGGGCAGUUGGUUGUGCUGUGUAAUGUAUAUCUAACCAUCUAUAUUCCUCGAUGUAGACAGUUGUAUACUUACUUUUCUAAGGAUUGUAUGAACAUGCUCUCUGUCUGUCAUGAAAGUUUGGGAUACUGGCCUGUUGAGACAGUCCUGAUUCUCAUUCAAAAGCCCAAACAGACAUGGGUGCGGUUUAUGUGGUAGGGUCUAUUGGAUUAAGAAACUGAUUAAUAAACUGGAUUUUGUUCUCAGCUAUGACCCAAACAUUUGGAGAAACACCCUGGGAAUCCCCCUCCUAGAUCAUUUGAGUCCUCCCUUGAGGUUUCUACAUCUGCAGCUUUAGUUCUCACAGUUCUGUACAUCAUAUCCCCUUCAUGAAAAGCCUCUGGACAACAUCCUCUAUCCUCCCUCCACAUCCCUCAGGAAGUCCAGUAACCCCGAUCUGACUCACGGAUUAAGUCCUGCUCUCAAAUUUAGACGACAUCUCUCUGAUGAUGGAAAACAUGUUCGAAGAAGAAGUCUGGGGGGCGGUCUUACAGGAAAGUACCUUCUACUGCCCACCAACCCCCAGCAGACACAGACAGCAUGGCAGCCGUCAUCUGAGAUCUCCAACCUGGUCCGUAUGUGUUCCAUGAACCUCGGAAAGUCAGACCCCUCCCUCAACACCAGCCUGAAAGAGCUGAGUCUUCCCAGAAGAGGCAGUUUCCUCACUCCCCGAAGCUUGAGCCCCACUCCCACUAGCCCCUGCAGUCCGUGCAGCCCGCUGCACGCUUUUCAUUUCUGGAGCUGCAGGACGAGCAACAGAAAAAGCCUGAUAGGAAGCGGUCAGUCAUCAGGUUUGCCACGACCUCACUCCCCUCUUUCAUCUCUUACAGGAACAAGCCCUCAAGACAGCCCUAGAAAUUUUUCUCCUAGUGCCUCUGCUCAUUUCUCCUUUGCACGAAGUCAUUGCCACAGAGCAGACAGGACUGAUGGUCGCCGCUGGUCGUUGGCCUCCCUUCCCUCCUCCGGAUAUGGAACCAACACACCCAGCUCCACAGUCUCUUCAUCCUGUUCAUCACAGGAGAAGCUGCACCAGCUGCCCUUCCAGCCUACGCCUGAUGAACUGCACUUCCUCUCCAAGCACUUCUGCACUGAGAGCAUCUCCGGGGAUGAAUGCCGCAGAGCGACGGCCAUGCGACCACGCUCACGCAGUCUCAGCCCUGGAAGAUCUCCAUCAUGUUAUGACCAUGAGAUUAUUAUGAUGAAUCACGUCUACAAAGAGCGGUUUCCUAAGGCCACAGCUCAGAUGGAGGAACGGAUUCAGGACAUCAUCCGCAGCAACUCUCCGGAGAGCGUCCUCCCUUUGGCAGAUGGUGUGCUCGGCUUUGCCCACCACCAGAUAAUUGAGCUGGCCCGUGACUGCCUGGAAAAGAGCCGGCUAGGACUCAUCACCUCCAGCUACUUCUGCGAGCUCACCGACAAGCUGGAGAGGCUUGUUCAGGAGUCCACGGAGCGAUCAGAGAGUGAGGAGGUGAACUUCAUCAGAGAGCUGGUGAAGAAGAUCCUCAUAAUCAUCGCACGACCUGCUCGACUGCUGGAAUGUCUGGAGUUUGACCCAGAGGAGUUUUACCACCUUUUGGAGGCGGCUGAAGGACAUGCUAAAGAGGGUCAGGGUAUCAAAACGGACAUCCCUCGUUACAUCAUCAGCCAGCUGGGACUCACAAGAGAUCCUCUGGAAGAAAUUGCUCAGCUGACCAGCUGUGACAGCGGCAUUGCAGAAACCCCAGAAACCGAUGACUCUUCUCACAGCCUCAGCACAGCACUGCGGUGUCGGCGUAAACCCUGUGAACUGGACUUUGAGAUGACAAAACUAAUCAGCAAUGGAGCCUAUGGAGCUGUCUAUCUGGUUCGACACAAGGAGACAAAGCAGCGGUUUGCCAUGAAAAAGAUCAACAAGCAGAAUCUGAUGUUGAGGAAUCAGAUACAGCAGGCCUUUGUGGAGAGAGACAUCCUAACCUUUGCUGAGAAUCCUUUCGUUGUGUCCAUGUACUGCUCCUUUGAGACACGGCGGCACCUGUGCAUGGUCAUGGAAUAUGUUGAAGGUGGAGACUGCGCCACUCUUUUGAAGAACAUGGGUCCCCUGCCUGUGGACAUGGCCAGGAUGUACUUCGCAGAGACAGUUCUUGCUCUGGAGUAUCUCCACAACUAUGGCAUUGUUCACAGGGACCUCAAGCCGGACAAUUUGCUGGUUACAUCUAUGGGACACAUUAAGCUGACAGAUUUCGGGUUGUCUAAAGUCGGGCUGAUGAACAUGACCACUAAUCUGUACGAGGGACACAUUGAGAAAGAUGCCAGGGAGUUCUCUGAUAAGCAGGUAUGUGGGACUCCAGAGUAUAUUGCACCAGAGGUGAUCCUACGGCAAGGCUACGGGAAGCCGGUGGACUGGUGGGCGAUGGGCAUCAUCCUGUAUGAGUUUCUGGUGGGAUGUGUGCCUUUUUUUGGAGACACACCAGAGGAGCUGUUCGGACAGGUCAUCAGCGACGAGAUCAACUGGCCAGAGGGAGAGGACGCGCCGCCUUCCGAUGCUCAGGAGCUGAUCACCUUGCUGCUCAGACAGAAUCCUCUGGAGAGGAUGGGCGCAGGUGGAGCUGCUGAAGUGAAGCAGCACCAGUUUUUCCACAACCUGGACUGGAACAGCCUGCUGAGGCAGAAGGCUGAGUUUAUUCCCCAGUUGGAGUCUGAAGAUGACACCAGCUACUUCGACACUCGCUCUGAGAGAUACCAUCACCUGGAGACAGAGGAAGAGGAUACAAAUGAUGAAGACUUCAACGUGGAGCUGCGGCAGUUCUCUUCAUGUUCUCACAGGUUCUCUAAGGUUUAUAGCAGCCUGGAUUUGUCCCGAGGGCACCUGGAGGAAAAAGGAGAGACGGAGGGGAAGAAGAGCGAGAGCCCGCUCACUGUUGACACUCUUAGCUGGACGCCAGAUUUUACUGAAAUGCCGUCACUGUCCCACUCGACAGACACCGACAGUGUCAAUCAGGGUCCUCGGCCCAACUUGUUACCAAAGUUUGCCAUCUCAGCAGAGAGCGAAGGAGACGAGACCUCAGGCCUCGGUGACCCCAGCAAGACCUCGUUCUCCAUCGGAGAGCUCCCGCAGGAUGAGCCUGACGCUACAACCCCGGGCAGCACCCACAGCGGUGCCACACUCUCUGGAAGUUUCUCUGAACAUCUGGACCAGUUGACGCCCAGAGGUGAGGGUUUGGAGAGCCCAGACAGUACCAGCCAUACCUCUGCAGAUCAGGGGGCUCAGAGCAACUCCCUGCGGCCGGAGAGUGCUGCAGAGAAGACCGGGGCUGUGGCUAAAGUCCCAAAGUCUGUCUCAACCGGAGCCCUGUCCCUCAUGAUCCCUGGAGAUAUGUUCGGGGUUUCUCCGCUGGCCAGCCCCCUGUCUCCUUACUCCCUCUCCUCAGACCCUUCCUCAAGAGACUCAUCUCCGAGCAGAGACUCCUCCCUGUUCACCGCCAACCCACGGCAGCCCAUCGUCAUCCACAGCUCAGGGAAGAAGUUUGGCUUCACGCUGAGGGCGAUCCGGGUGUACGCCUGUGACGGUGACAUCUACACUGUCUACCAUAUGGUUUGGAAUGUAGAAGACGGUGGACCUGCACAUAAAGCUGGACUGAAAGCUGGAGACCUCAUCACUCAUGUGAACGGAGAAGCAGUUCACGGUCUCGUCCACACUGAGGUGGUGGAGCUCCUGCUCAAGAGUGGCAGCAAAGUGGCAAUUUCCACAACCCCGUUUGAAAACACUUCGAUAAAAACUGGUCCUGCGAGAAGGAACAGCUACAGGAGCAAAAUGGUCCGAUGUGCCAAAAAGCCCAAGAAGGAGCGGACACCAGAAAGGCGACGCUCCCUUUUCAGACGUUUUGCCAUGCAGCCCUCUCCUCUCCUGCAUACCAGCCGCAGUUUCUCCUCUCUGAACCACUCCCUGUCAUCUGGUGAGAGUCUCCCUGGCUCCCCUACCCACAGUCUUUCCCCCCGUUCCCCUACCGCCGCCUUCCGCCCCACACCAGAUUUCACCCAGUCAGGUGGAAACUCCUCCCAGAGCAGCUCUCCCAGCUCCAGCGCUCCAAACUCCCCUGCAGGCUCGGGCCACAUUCGUCCCAGCACUCUCCACGGCCUCGGCCCCAAGCUGCCGGGUCAAAGGCUUCGUCAGGGACGGCGCAAAUCUGCCGGCAGCAUCCCCCUUUCUCCUCUGGCUCGCACGCCUUCGCCUACACCUCAGCCGACAUCUCCUCAGCGCUCACCCUCUCCCCUUCUUAGUGGGCACUCUGUCGCCAUCUCCAAGACGACACAGUCCUUCCCAGCCAAGAUUCAUUCCCCACCCACCAUUGUUCGCCACAUCGUGCGUCCCAAAAGUGCUGAGCCGCCUCGCUCGCCCCUCCUGAAACGAGUCCAGUCUGAGGAGAAGCUGUCCCCGUCUUACACUGGAGAUAAGAAGCACCUGUGUCCCAGAAAACACAGCCUGGAAGUGACCCAAGAGGAGGUGCAGGAUGAGGAAGUGAGGACCGGGGAGAGGGAUUACACCGUCUUGCAGAGUGUGGAAGAAACAGCCUGCGAGCCACCAGCAAUCACCCGUGUGCGACCUGUUGAGCAGGGCUGCCUAAAGAGGCCAAUCAGUCGCAAGAUGGGCCGGCAGGAGUCUGUGGAGGAGCUGGACAAGGAGAAGCUGAAGUCCAAGGUGGUUGUGAAGAGGCAGGACUGGUCAGAGAGGAGGGAGUCGCUACAGAAGCAAGACGCCCUACGUGACCCUGAAUCAUCCUCCGCGUGUGGUGAUGACAGGGAUGAUUUUCCAUCCAGGAGUCAAACCAAAAGCAGCCCAGACUCUGGUCCUCUGGAGCCCAAAGCUGCGAGCACAACACUCAAAGAUGUGCUGUAUAAGAAACUCAACACACGUGUCUCUGAGGGCAUGGCUGAUACAUCUGGUAGCAGCGGUGACAGUGACGGAGGACUCAGAUCUUCUCUGUGCUCCGUCCACCCAGAGUGGCAGCACUCCAGACAAAGUAAAGACAACAUGAAGCCGGACAGAUUGGACUUCAAGGCUCCAAACAUCGAGUUCACCAGGAAGAGGCUGUCAUUUGAAGAACGAGAAGACUGCAUGUGUCGCUGCUCCUCCAGCAUCCAUGAGAACUUGCACUUCGGCUCCACCAGGUCCAAGAGCCUCCAGCUGGACACGGCCAUGACUCAUGACCACAUGAAGGCCGGACUGGGAAGUGUCCACUCCAGCCCUGAAGGCCUGGCCCCAAAACUGUUCUCCGGUAGAGGAGAGAGCGCUGUGGAAAAACUCCAGCUCAUCUCCUCUGCAGAGUCCUCACUUCGAAAGACAUCGUCUGAAUAUAAACUGGAAGGACGCCAUGUGUCCUCACUCAGACCUCUGGAGGGCACUCUGGAUAUAGGUCUGCUCUCAGGGCCCAGAGUGUCCAAGACAGAAACCUGUUUAUCUAAGAUGGCAGACAACACAAGCGACACUGUUUCUAUGAGUCCUCCAAUCUGGCUCCAGACCCCGACGGAGAGACAGAUAACCAUCCCACAACUGAAAACAGCAGACAAGCUGAAGAGCCCACUGACUUUGUCUCCGAGCCCUGAAGCUGUUUCUUCUCUAAAUAGCAUAGUCGCCUCCAAAGAUCAGUCAAAUAAUGCGGCCACAGAGGGGAAAAUCAGUACGAGUGGUGAGAAAACACAGGAUCGACUCAGUGAAUCUUUAAAGGCUCAAACCAGCAAAGUGGAGGCGUCGAGCUUUACUGCUAAACAAGAGAGCAGGACGGGUUUGAAGACCGGGUCAACACUGGCUCACGAACACAGAGGCCCUCGACACAGCUCCCACUUCUCUUCGUGUGGAAAAACACCCUCCAUACGGGAAGUCAGCAAUGAGGAUCAGGAGGAUGAAGUGGAGCAGCCGGAAAUCACACCACACACAGACGGCGCCAACACACUAGUCUCUUUGACUUCAGCGAAGCCGGAGGCGAAUAUGAAAACGGUGCAGUCUCCGGCUGCAGCAGCCUGUGAGCUGUUAACUGUGUCAGUGAAGCAGAGUAUAAACUGUGGUUUGGAUACAGGUCAGCGUCAGAGCAGUGAGAAAACGGCACAGAACUCCUGCAUGACCUCUGUUUCUAAAGCACAGAACAACUCAUCUGUAUCUGUAGAAACUAAACAGCAGCCGGUGAACAUCUGCUCCUCCAAAACACAACCGCAGGCCUCUGUGACAGCAUCAGCGUCUGCUCCUGCACAUAAAGUUAAAACCUGCAGUUUGAAAUCUCAAAGCCAGGACUGCUCAGAAAGAUCUGUUAGUAAGGACAGUGUGCAAGCUAACAGAUCAGCUGUGAAAGUGGCUGGAGAUCCAGUCAACACGUGUGUCACAGCUGCUAAAGCAGAGCAGAAGAGAGACGUUUCUACUGUGGUCACCUCGUUAAAUAAUGUAACUUUGAGUGUAAAUAAAAAGGAUAAAAUUGUGUCCGGUGGUGCAAUAGAGAGGGUUUGCGUAUUGCCGCAGAAAAAAGAGGAUCCCGUCUCACCAAAGAUUAAGAAUGUGUCAGAGCAGCUAUCGAAAAACAAUCCAGCCGAAAAAGCACAACAGAAAUCGUCUGAUCCAGAACGUUGCACCUCUAGAAAAGAAGAACCUGUAAUCAGUGUGAAAGAAAAACAGAACUGUUCACCUCCAGCAGCUGAAAAUGUAAAGUCGAGGCCUGACCCACAAACUGUAGCACACACCGCUGUGAAAACAGAGAAGGAGACAAAAACAGUGGAGGUGAAAUCACACAGUGCAGCUCCUCCUGUCCCAGCGCUCAACAAACAGAGAGAUCUGUCUAAAGAAUCUGCGCUCCCAACUUCAAACGCUCAAGUAACCCAUGACUCUAAACAGAAACAAGCCGCACCGCCACCCGCUGGUGUUGACGUGAAGCAGGAGGAGCUGACACACUCCCCCAGUCAUGCUGACAUGAAGCAAAGAGAAACCCAGCCCAAAAGCUCUGUAGCAGCUCCAAACACUGACUCGAAGCCAAAAUGUCUCCCUUCUAAAGCUGGCCCUUCCUCGUCCACUCUAAAGACAUCUGUAGCUCCAACACUUCUUAAACAAACCCUUGAUGCCAAACAUAAAGACCCUUCCCCCAAAAACCAAGCCCCGGUUGUUAAAAACCAUCAUGACUCCAAACCAAAACACAUCCCUUCACCUCUCGCUGCACCUCAACACCAGCUGCCGCCAGAUGUUCCCUUACAGCCCGAUCCGCCGCCAGUGCUGCCUAAACCUGCAGCCAAAAAGGAUCCGAGCAGCGGCGCCGUCUCGGGCAGGAUCUCUAGCUGCGCACCCCAGGAGACUGGUGGCAAGCUAUCCAAGGAAGCCCCCAAACCGGACAGUCACAAGGGCCCGGAUACCAGAACCACCACCCCUGACAAACAGGUGACCCUCAGCAAGAAGGAGCAGGCUGAGAGGAAGAAAAAAGAAACUGCCCAAGAACUGACGUCUGCGCAGAAAAACACAAAAAGAGACGCACCCAGAGCUGCGCCAUCUGCACCGAAGGACAGCUCAGACAAAGACGCUGGCAGGUGCAAGCAGCAGAAAGAGUCUCCACGUAGUUCUAACAACAAAAAAUAAAGAGGGAAGUGAAGAUGGCAUCAUCGCUGUCCCGAGAAUCCAGAUGUAGUAAAAUGUUAGAAAUGUUUUGUGCAAACAUCAUCAUGCCUUCUAUUUUUCUUUUUUUUUUGUUUGAGGACCGGGCAAGCUGUUACAUGCUGAUAGAGAGGCAGAUGUGUGUGUGAGUGUGUGACGUGUUUCUAGGUCUGAAUGUAGGCAUUCAUUUGCUGAUGAUUUCUGACGUUUCUCGCGUUUUUACUUUUAAGUGAAUGUUUGGUAAAUUUUUGUCGAUCCCCGAAUGCUUUCGUGCAAUCAGUAUGUCAAUGGGGGUAACGGGGGUAAAGUAGCCUUACAAAGGUUGUGACGUACUGUAGAGUCAGUGCCAUAAAAGAUUUUUUAUUUGCACUGUUUACUUGUAGACUUCGGAGGACCUGAUGUCUUUUAAAUGCAGUAGACCACACAAAUUUCACUCGGCAAAAAGUUAGCAGCUGCACCACGAUUGUUUCUGUUCAGUGAAAUCGGUUUUAACGUUUUUUUUUUGGGGGGGGUUUGUGCAGUGGUACAUGGAGGGAAUGCACCUAAAAACUUCACAAGAAGAUCCAGAAUCAUGUCACGGUUCUAGAAAUCAUAAAUUAGUGAAGGGGCCUUAGGAUUAUAGGAAAAUAAAUCUUGCUGUUCUUAGCAAGCUGUGGUGUUAAUUCACAUUCCUCUGACAUCUGUACAUAUAUUUUUGAUUUUUAUGCAAUAGGGUGUAAAUAUGAUAACACUGUAAAACGGGGAUACAUGGGCUUACAUGUUUGUAUCAUAUGUAUAGGAUUUUGCAGUGUCAUUUUGUUUGUAUGCUUGAUGUUAAAAGAGUAUCACGUUCUGCUUGAUAACUCCGUGGUCUAAAAGUAAGCUACUGUGAUGUAUCUCGUCAAAAGGCAUCUUCUGCUUUGUGACCUACAUGUUCCAAAUUUAACUUGAAGAAAAGAGAGAGAGAGAGGAAAAAGGCAUGAGGGGGUAACUGGGUUAUUUCUAAAAAUGUAGCAUUAUAUAACGAAACUGUGAGGGCUGUCAGUGAUUCCCUAGAAUGUCUCUACUGUCGAGGAUGUAUUUGCUGGCUCACGACAGUUCAAAGGGUGAUGACUGUGUGAAAUAUACGAGGAAAAAAAAAAGUUUUUCGAACCAGCAGUUCUGCUUAUGUUUUGCAAAAUAAUUGCUGCGGUUAGAUUUCUGAAGGCUUUCGGGCAUCGUCUGCGCAUCAUGUCCAUGUCUGUGCAGAGCGAUAAAGGUCGGACGGCGAGCACAGAGAGAUGGUUUCAAAGGAUCUUUUGACAUCAGGCUUCAGUCUCAGUGUUGUUCAAGUCAUGUGUGAGUGUUUAGUUCUUCAUAUUGAGCAACAGCUGGCUUAAAGGGACAGUUCAGCCAAAAAUGAAGUAAUCCAACAAACAUUUCUGGAGCUUCUCAGCAAAACAGUGCUGCAGCAUCAUCCAGAACAACUAAAGUAGUUGGAGAAUUGUUUUAAAACUCUCUAGUAGCCCCGAGAUCCCAAAUUGAUUUAAAGAGAUGUUUUUUGUACACCGUUUUAAGCCGAGAGCUUCACUGUAGCUGCUAAGCUAAAAGUGUUAACCUGCACCUUGUCUGAAGUAGGUGCAUGAGCUCAACAGCGCUUUGAGGGUGUAAAUAACAUACUUUUUAAAGGUGCAAUAUGUAAGAACCUGAAGCUAGUUAGCUCGGGGAAGUUUGUUCAUUAACACCUCUUGCAAAGGAGGUUUUGGAUUUUUAAUUCUUACAUAUGGCACCUUUUUGUUUUACUGUGAAGCUCCAGAAAAUUUUUGUGGUCUACGAAACUUCAAUCGACUGCUUUUCAGCAGCUGAGUAAAUAAUGAGUGAAUUUUUCAUUUUUCGGUGAACUGUUCCUUUUAGAGAUUAUAUAUGAAGAAUCCUGGUUAUUUGCAUCGCGAAGUUCGUGUCCACAACAUACAUUUGAUGUUGAACUUACAAAUACUUGGUACUACACUUAUAGGCUGUCAUGUAUCCGUAUCACUUUCUGCGAUUCACUCGCACACACAAACACAUUUCUAUACUGUAGAUGCCUUUUUAGAUUGCAAAACCCUAAAGGACAACCAGAAAGUAGCCUAGGACACUAAGUAUGUAAUGCAGUAUUUGCUCCGUCGUGCUGGCUAUGUCAAAAAAAAAACAAAAAAAAAACGAUAAUCUUGUCUACUACAUAUACUCCAUGUCGACGAGUCAAAAAGAAAAACACGUCAUAGUCUGAACGACAUACUGUAUCCGAGAAUGAAACCGAAACACAUUGAGAUUGAUAGCAGAGAUUUUAAUGUUAAUCUGAUGUUUACUCGCAUUAGAUAUUGUAAAUGUAUCGCCGAUGUAUUGUGAGAGAACAAAUGCACCUUAAUGUUUUGCCAGCGUUCAGUUCGGAGGGCGAGACGAGGAGUGAAACUGGAACUGAAAGUGGUUCAUGAAUUCCCCACUCGUCCUGACUUUACAUGAAUCACUGAGUUUUUUUAUUUGAACGAUCGAACGCGUGUUUUUCUUUUUUCAACACUUUUCUUCUUUCUCUUGUGACGACUGACAUUUAAAUCCUCAAAGCACAUUCAAUGUUUGUUUACAAAGCAUCAUGGAUGUAUAUUUUGUAUAUUGUUGAUUUGCCAAAUCUAUGUUCUGUGUCACGGAUAAUGUUGUUUCUAGUAGUGUGAGACUUUGCUCUCUUUUGCCACAAGGAUGUUUAAUAAGAACAUUUUGUUUGUGCAGUAAAUCAAUGUCUUAUCACAUGUCGGGUUCUUCUUCGUCUGCUUGUCUUUUCAGUUUCCGUUUUCUUCCUCUGUGCAAAACUAGUAUUAAAUGAACUCGCUUAACGAUGGUUUGUCUUUUAGAAUAUGUGCAAUAAAAGUGUUUUGAGUUUUGUAAUUUGCCCAAGGAAAGCUCUAUGGAUGUCAUAGAUGUUGUAUAUUAAAACAGAUAUUUAUACUUCUAAUGUUGCGUAAUACUGAAAAUAAAAUGGAAUUAUAAAUUAA